AUGGCUUCAUACUCGUUUAAGAACCCCGCUACAUACCAUUUGCUUAGCUAUGGCACUCUCCUCGGCAGCACACUAUUUCAAUCCUUCAUCGCUGGCGUCGUAGCCUUCAAGGUCCUACCUCGGCCACAAUUCUCAACUCUCCAGAAACACACCUUCCCUGUGUACUUUACCCUCCAAACAAUCACGCCCCUUGCCAUGCUAUUCACCUACCCGUCCGGAGCGAGCCGCCUGGUACCUUACCUGUCGUCUACGCCCGUUCUCCAGUCUGCAACUGAUAAAUUGAACGGAUGGCUCAUCAGCACGAUGCUGGUCACGGCAGUGGCCAACCUGGUGUACGUGGGACCAAAGACAACCGAUAUCAUGAAGAUCCGGAAACAUCAGGAGACAAGGGAUGGGAAGGCGGCCUACGACAAGGGUCCGCAUAGCCCCGAGAUGCAGGCUCUGAACAGACAAUUCUCUAUCCUGCAUAGUAUCAGUAGCAUCACCAACCUGGUUGGUCUGGGAGCCAUGAUCUGGUACGGAGCCGUUUUGGGGGCGGGGCUGAGCUUUCAGCAUGUUGCGUUGUAG